CACGGUCUCACCACUUCGACGAAGCAUCUGCAUCUUCUAGCCGCUAGCUUCAAGGCUUUUGGGAUAUAUUCGCUGUCUUGGGAGCUAUCGAAUUAUUUGGCUAUCAAUCAUUACCUGGUACUCAGGUGAUAAGCCCACAAUUGAAGCCCAGUCAAAACAAGUUCGGAUCCUUUGACGUGUUCAUCAUCCAACUCGAGAUAAAUAUUUCAGAAGCGGUGUCUCGGACUCGCUCUGGUCUAUUUUCUACGCAUCCGGUCAACGGAUGUCGCCCUCCGAUACACCACCAGGCCUUGUUCCAUCUGGCCAGGAAAAUGCAGCGCUACAACCUACAGCUACUGAAGGGUCUCUCAAAGGGCUCUGGAAACGAGCCAGUUUGCCAUACAAGGCAAGGUCGUCCGUAAUGCCUGAUGGUACUGCUCCCCAAGCAGCCCAAGAAACCAUGAAGGAGUCAAGGGGGCCAAGUAUCCGUUGGGCCCCACUCAAUGUUGGACUCGAACGGCGCUUACAGACUCUGGUGGUGUUAUGCCAUACUCUGACCAUAGCGAUCCUGUUAACAGCAUUUUUCUUCGUGUGUGCAAUCCCCUUGUUCUGGCCUAUCAUACUGCCUUACCUUAUCUAUAUAUCCCUUUUUUCAACGGCAGCCACGUCGGGUGAUUUGAGCGGUAGGUGUGACUUCUUACGUUCACUCGGCGUGUGGUCAAUAUAUGCAUCGUAUUUCCCGGCCCGCUUGCAUCGGUCAAAACCUCUCCUCCCAACCCGGAAGUAUAUUUUUGGUUAUCAUCCGCAUGGAAUCAUCUCUCAUGGCGCUUUUGCAGCGUUUGCUACCGAGGCUCUUGGUUUUGCAAGACUCUUCCCUGGUAUCACCAACACCUUGCUUACGCUUGAUUCAAAUUUCCGAAUUCCCUUCUACAGGGAAUAUGCGCUAGGCAUGGGGAUUGCCAGUGUCUCGCGCGAGUCAUGCGAGAACCUGCUAUCAAAGGGCGGCAUUGAUGGGGAAGGAAUGGGACGUGCUAUAACUAUCGUCAUAGGUGGUGCUCGCGAGUCUCUUGAUGCUCUUCCGCAUACACUGCGCCUUGUACUCAAGAGGCGUAAAGGUUUUAUCAAACUGGCAAUUCACACUGGCGCCGAUCUUGUGCCUGUACUGGCCUUUGGUGAAAAUGAUCUCUAUGAACAAGUGCGCUCUGAAAACCAUCCUCUUAUACACAAAUUGCAGAUGCUGGUCAAACACACAUUGGGUUUCACUAUCCCGUUAUUCCAUGCCCGUGGCGUGUUCAACUAUGACGUCGGUUUGAUGCCAUAUCGUCGGCCACUCAACAUUGUUGUCGGUCGUCCAAUCCAUGUUGUGCAGCAGCGUGAUAGGGGGAAGAUCGACGAUGAUUAUAUAAACCAUCUCCAUUCCUUGUACGUGCAGGAAUUAGAAAGAAUAUGGGAAGAGUGGAAAGAUAAAUAUGCAAAGGAUAGGACAUCGGAGAUCGAAAUCGUUGCUUGACGAACGCUAACAGUGAAAUUUAUCGGAGACAAAGGAGGGGGUUUGUUCUGUAUCUCUAUCUUUAUACAUAUGCUUAUAUAUACUUGUGUCUAGAUAUUUAGGUUAUUAGGCACAUAAGGUUUCAGGUGAGAACGGAAUUAGGCUCAAGGUCUGACUAUAUCUAUUAUUAUUAUUAUUAUUAUUAUUAUUAUC